AGGUUUCAGCUGCUGGACCGAGACAUGGACUUCAAUGCCGGUCGAUUUCAGGACGACCUCGUCCCCAUGGACCGCCUCGGCGCGGAGCUCUUCGGGGAGAUGCUGCGCGUGGCCGCGGGCGGGCGCUCCGCGGGCGAGCUGGCGGGCCACUCGCAGGUCUCCAUCUGGCGCGAGUGGGCGCAGGACGGGCCCGUGGCGGACCCGUCGUCCCUGCGGCUGGGCGAGCGGGAGGGCCAGCCGCUCGCGCUGCCCGGCCCGGGGGCGCUGUCAGACCUGGAGAGAGGGCCGCGGAGCGGCGGCGCAUCGGCAUCUUUGCCGCUCCCCGAGGACGUGCGCGCGUCAGACAUUGUGAAGGACGCGACCUUCUCGGCUGCGGGGGGCGAUCGCAACGGCACCGAGCGCCUGGGGCUCAUCCUGCCCACCUCCCUGUGCAGCGGCGAGAUCGCCCGGCGCGCCGCCGAGGAGCUGAACGCCCUGCGGGCGGGCGGCGGCGCCGAGGGGCCGCUGCUGGGCGGCGCCUUCGACCGCUUCGCGGCGCUCCCGCACACGGAGGGCUGCGGCAACGGCUACUCGGGGGACGGGGAGCAGCUGUUCACCCGGGUCCUCCUCGGCCACCUGCUGCAUGCCAACGUCGCGGGCGCGCUUCUGCUGGAGCACGGCUGCGAGAAGAGUCACAACUCAUGGAUGACCGAGGAGAUGCGCCUCCGCGGCCUCGACCCCACGCAGUUCGGGUGGGCCUCCGCCCAGCUGGACGGCGGGAUUGACAAGGUGCUGGCGCGAGUCCACGACUGGUUCCUCGGCGAGGCCCGGCGGCGGAGCGCCGAGCCCGGGGCGCCCCCCGCGGCGGAGCCGGGCCGCGGGCCGGCCGCGCCGUUGCGGAGCCUCCCCGUGGCGGUCGUGGGCGACGCGGCGCGCGGCGGGGCGGCCUCCCUGGCGGCGGGCCUGGUGCGCGCCUUCGUGGGGGCGGGCGGCACGGUCAUCGUCCCGAGCAGCGCGGCGAUCUGGGG